ACGGAUAGGCCUGAGCAUAUACCUUCUCCCACUGCCCGGCGAACACGUGUAACAAACACCCCCCUUCAGCCCCCCUCCUCCUCCGAGUACUCUCCAGCAGCAUGUAUCGCUUGUUGUCCGAUUCGGCGUGGUAGGGUGUGCGCGCUAUAUCCUCCUUCUGUUCUUGAGAAUGGAGUUGGAGGAAGCAGGUGCAAGCCCUGCAGUCCACUUGUCUUAUCCUGUCGAGCCAGCAUUCCGUAAAAAGUUUCGAUCGGGCAAAGUGAAGCAAGCGAUAGGUGCCAUUCUGAAGGAGAAGUUGACGGGGGCAGUUUAUCAUCCAGACAACACGUCGACGUGGACGAGAGAGAUCGCAGAUGCUAUCAAGGUGAAACUGAAAGAAAUGGAUCUGGAGCGGUACAAGUUCGUAGUGCAGGUGGUGAUUGGGGAGCAAAGAGGGGAGGGGGUCAAAAUGGGAUGCAGGUGCCUUUGGGAUCCCAACACUGAUAAUUACGCGCACGACGUGUUCAUCACGGAGAGCAUUUUCUGUGUUGCAGCUGCCUUCGGAGUCGAUCGCGAGUGCUGUUCCGAAUGGAUCUUCUUCUUUUGUGAUCGCCGUUCUCACCCUCGCGCGAAGGACUCCUUGACACUGUGGUCCAAAAUCAGCCAUGCCUCUUCCGCCGGAAAGUCGCGGAAUGCAUUCCAGGUUCAGGAGUACACUUACGAGCAGCUCGGUGCAGCAACCGGCAACUUCUCUACGGUUCUUGGAAGCGGGAAGAAUGGGCCGGUGUACAAGGCUGUGCUCCCAGGGGGAGUGGAGGCUGUGGUGAAAGUUCAUCGUCACCCUCGCAAUUCUCAAUCUGAUGCUUCUGAUGGAUUGGACAGUUCAGUAACGACACAAGACGCAGAAGCGGGAAGAGGAGGGCCCGGAAAAGGUCUCAGUGAAGACGGUGGCUCAGUGAUGAGUGAGAUUGAUUUGCUUUCAACGAUUCACUAUAAGAAGUUGGUCAAUCUGGUCGGGUUCUGCACGGAGAACGGAAGUUACGUGCUGGCAUUCGAAUACAAGUCGAAUGGAAGUCUCCAUAGCCAUUUGCAUGACUCGAAUGCGAAAGCGAAGUCGCUGACCUGGCCACGCCGACAGCAGAUUGCAUUGGAUGUUGCCGAAGGGCUGUACUAUCUACACGAUGGAGCAGAUCCGGCGGUAGUGCACACAGAUAUCCGGUCGGCGAAUGUGUUCCUAGACGAGAACUUCAACGGGUUCCUUGCCAACUUCGGCGUCCAUCAAGGAGGGGACUUCCUACGACUCUUCCACUCGUCUUCGUCUGGGCGACCUGGCGGCCCCAGCAAAAGCAGUGCCGUGGCCGGCCCGAGUAGUACGGAGAGUACCGUUUGUGCAGGGUACCUUGAUCCUGAGCUCUUCUACACGCACAAAUUCACGCAAGUCACUGACAUUUACAGCUUCGGCAUUCUUCUCAUGGAAAUUAUCUCCGGGUUGAAUCCCUGCGUUCCCACUAUCUCCUUGCGAGAUAUGGCGUGGACAUACGACAUAGAGAAUCCAAACCACCUGUUGAAGUUGAUCGACCCAAGGCUGGCCAGAGAUUUCAACUCCGAAGAGGUGAAGCGAAUGGCCAAGUUGGCGCAGAACUGUUUGAGUAAAGAACCUGCCUCAAGGCCCACCGUCAAACAGGUCCUUGACAUGCUUGAGCCUCGCGGUCACGGUUCCCGCGAUCCCAGGGUAGACGGUCUGUUCCGGCACAAUGUCGUGGCAGCCACCAGUGAGCAUUCAAGCGAAGAGGGUAGCCCUGACCGCAACAGCCCUCCUCAGAGAAGUGCUACGCCCACAGGCAUCAAACCCACUGGUACAUCUCGCGUUUGACGACCUUGCCGACGACGUUAAGACAGUUUGCCUACGUUAUGAGAGAAUCCCACGAAAAGGUGACGGAUCCAGCGCCGGAUGCUCACUUUUUUUUCAUGGCAAGGACAUGGGUUCAAAUCACGUAUACGUCACAUAUACGUCAUUAUCUAUCCUAUGAGAAAGGAACUGCCUCACCAGCUGAUGUGAUGAACUUAGAGACCAACACCAAGCUCAAAUCCAUGCGCUAUCCAUGACAGGCGCCCGGACAAACAGCAAGGGAAGGCAAGUAUAUUGCAAUUGAAUUGGCGACGAUGAAAAUGCUGUAAGUUACUUUUGAAAAUGGCCUAGCAAAUGGAUCGGUCCUCUCUUACAUUAUAGAAAAAAUGCUGCAAGUUACCUUUGAGAAGGUCAUAGCAACCGGAUUGAUCACUCUCCAAGAUGAUGAUGAUGAUGAUGAGGAUGAUGAUGAGGAUGAGGAUGGUGGUGGGUUGGGGAGGUUGAAGCAGUGAUCAAGCGAAAGAGGUGGAUGAGUAGUGAUUGCCAACGAAGAGUUAUCAAUCGCAGAUGAGUCCAUAGGCAAAUGAAUGGAUGGGUGUUCA